AUGGCGGGCAACUGCACACAGCAUGUAACGACAAAAGAUGUCGUCGAAACCUACGAGAGAAAGGCGCAAAGCCUCAAAGCGACGCUGUCCGUAGAAGUUUCGUUUGAGAAUGUCCAUGCAACAGAUCGCGCGGAUUUCAUCUUCUACUCGAACCGCAUUAUACGAUUGCUAGUGGAGGAAGGCUUGAAUCACUUACCAGUGAUAGAGCACGACAUCACCACACCCGUCGGCCGUGUCUACAACGGACUUAUGUUCCAGGGAAAGAUUUGUGGCGUCUCCAUUAUGAGAGCUGGCGAAGCAAUGGAACAGGGCUUGAGAGACUGCUGCCGGUCCGUUCGCAUCGGCAAGAUCCUGAUCCAGCGCGACGAAGAUACCGCGCAGCCCAAGUUGUUCUAUGACAAAUUGCCCGAGGAUAUUGCUGACCGUUGGGUCAUGCUUCUUGAUCCCAUGUUUGCCACAGGUGGCUCGGCCAUCAUGGCUGUCCAGGUCUUAAAAGCGAAGGGCGUGCCCGAGGACAGAAUCUUAUUCCUCAACUUGAUUGCCAGCCCUGAGGGUAUCAACAACUUCGUAGAAAAAUUCCCUCGGCUUAAAGUGGUGACGGCAUUUAUUGACGAGGGCUUGGAUGAAAAAAACUAUAUCGUUCCUGGUCUAGGCGACUUUGGUGAUCGCUUCUAUACCAUGUAG